GAGGAGGCGGAGGGCUCUCCUGCGAGGCGCGGGGCGGCGCCUGCCUCUCUGAGGCGCACGGGGGGCCAUGGCCGCGGCGAGGAGGGGCUGAGUGCGCGCCAUGAGCCGCAACAGCCAUGACACUCUCAGCCGCUACCUCCUCGACCUCAGCGACCGCGGCGAGGGCGUGCGCUCCAAGGCCGCCAAGAAUCUGAGGAUCUACCUGGAGGCCGAGGCGCGGGAGAUGUCCAGAGGCACCUUCUCGGAUUUCAUGACGGAGACCACUCGGCGCAUCUACGAUCUCGUCAGCAGUGCCGAGACGCACGAGAGGAUCGGUGGCAUAAUGGCGAUCGACGAACUCAUCGAGGUGCCGUGCGAGGACAACGAGACGAAGAUCAUUCGCUUCGCGAACUACCUCCGGAUGGUGUUCCAGCAGCCCGUGGUGGAGACGCCGACCCUCACGUACGCCUCUCGUGCGCUGGGCCAUCUGGCCAGAGCCGGGGGAACCGUCACCGCUGACUUCGUGGAGUUCGAGCUGAAGAGGUCCAUGGACUGGCUGCAGGGCGACCCGCGUGGGGAAGCAAAGCGCUACGCGGCGGUGCUGGUCCUGAAGGAGCUCGCCGUCAACUCGCCGGUGCUCUUCGCCCGCUGAUCCCCACGUUCUUCGACCACAUCUGGGCGGCCAUCCACUCGGACGGCAGGCCGGUGGUGCGCGAGGCUGCCGUGGAGGCGCUCCGCGCGGCCCUCGCCAUCAUCGCGAAGCGCGGCGACGAGUCAUGGCACCACCACCAGCUGUUCUCCAAGGUAUCCCCGCAGGAUCUCCGAGGGCUUCCGGGCCGCGGCGCCCGCGUCCAUCCACGGCUCCCUGCUGG